AUGGAUACAGUAGUGGUUUCAGAGGAGGAGCAACUGCGACUGGAUCAACAAGCCCUUGUAGAGCAACUCGCAAGUCACUGGGAAACCGCUACGGAUAGCCAGAACCUACAACAUGUCAUGAACGAGUACAAUGAAACUGUCAUGAGUCUAUCAGCACUAGAGAAACGUCGCAGAGUGGACCCACUCUCCGUGUUGCCCGUGGAAAUUUGGUCAGAAAUCAUCAAGGAUGUCCUACCACCAUCAAUUACUUCUUUCCUGGCCAAGAUGAAGACGCUUCAACAAUUUAUGGCGGUAUCCACUCAUUGGAGGCGCCUCAUCAUACACGAGCCGUCCUUUUGGACACAGAUAGACACAUAUCAUUUCUAUUUGAACUCAAAAAAAUUUCAUACUCCUCUUAUCAAACUCUGUAUCGAACGGUCUCAGGCUGCAGAGCUCUCUAUCUGCGGGACCUUCGAAGACCCUGCGUGGGAGGCAAACCUUGGCACGGUGAUAACUCCUCAUGCACAUCGUAUCAAAGAAAUUAUAUUGGUACGCAUAUAUAAUAGAGAUUCCGCGCGAGCCACACGACUUUUAUCGCUUUUCCCCAUCACUCCUGUGCUGAAAGCAUUGACGGUGCAACUCCCCCACGAUGAAAUCAGCCAAGAUUCUGCCUACGUAUGUAGUAUCAGGCAUUUUAUACACCAGAACCCGCAGCUAACGGAUAUCCGGGGUGCCUGCCAUGCACUGCUUCAACCCGAUUCACUUUCUAGUCUGUCUCGCAUUUCACUCAAAUGUGAAGCGACACAGGCGAUUCCUGUCCUUCGAAAAUUCCCAAGGCUCCGCUCUGUCACAUUUCAUGAUCUGUGGCCUCCGCCUCGGCCGCAACCUUGCGACACCAAUGAACCCCUCCCCUGGACCAAACUGAAGUAUACACAACUCAACCAUGGAGUUGGCAUCUUUUUGAUCGGUCUCCUUCGUGCCUCCCUUCGUGAUCUUCACCUCAAGGUUGACGCCUUACACCUGCGAGACUUUAUGGAGGCCUUGGGAUAUCUUGCCGUCCUCGAGAUGUUGACCUUAUUCCUUGACCUGGGCAAUCUAUCACCAUUACUUCUUCGAUCAGUUCUAGACGAGCCUGUCAACGAAUAUUCAAAUGUCCGGAAGGUCGACGUAUUCUCAACAUACUAUCAUCGGAUAGCGAUGGACUCUCGAUUUGGCACAGAUCCUGAAACCCUUUGGAACUGGCUCCUGUUGCGCAUACCUAAUACAGAAGCGCUCUUCUUGCCUUUCGCGUUCCAAUCGACUAUGGUGUCGUUAACGAAUCUUAAAAAGCUUCGUCGAUUCUACUGUGGAUCUGUCAUUCUUUACCACCUGCGCGAAGUCGAUUCCUGCUCAAGUCUUCAGGAGCUCAAUCUACAAUGUGGGGCCGUGACAUUUCUCAUGCUCUCGUCGGAAACGGUACGUAAGCUGGCUAUCACAUUCACUGAAGUACACCCCAUCGAAUUCUUGGCAUUCAAAUGGCCAAGCCUAACCACACUGAAUCUCCGAUUGGCUUUCGAGUCUACAAGCGAGCCGAUUACGUUCCAUCUUCCGCAACUCAGAGAGAUCGAAGUGGACGGGAGGCUACAACCAGUCACUGCAGUGACCCGCUCGCUAGCUUGCGAUGCGCACAAGGUGCCGUGUUUGGAACAUAUAUUGUUCCCGCGCUGGUAUCCGGAGUUGGACCUUCUCUUCAUCCUCUUAGAGAGGAGGCUCCUCUCAAGCGAUCUCAAACCGUUGAUGCGGCUCACUAUAUCCAAGUCUAUCCCUAGUGGUAUAUUAUCACUUUUGGUGGAAAGAAUUCAAGGACUAUUCACAGCUCGACCAACACUCUUUGAUCUAUCGGUUGACGUGCACGCUAAAGCUGUACUAGAUACUGACAUGUAA